AUGAACACAAGACAAGCCGAAGCAAAUACAUCGGAGGCGUCUUCGUCGCGCACGCUCACGGUCGACCACGCGCCCGCUUCGCAUACGCAGCCGCACGAUGUGGGGAUCCUGCGCCUUCGACCCGAGCCGCGCUCGCGCCCCGGCCUCGACCAAACUAGCAACAGUGCGAGUGGAAGCACACGUCGGGUAGUGUGGACCGAAGAAACCGUGGACAACGAAGGCCUCGGUCGCAAAAAGUCCAAGAUCUGCUGUAUCUACCACAAGCCAAAGGCAUUCGACGAGUCGUCUGACGAGUCCUCGUCUGCGUCCGACUCUUCCGAAAGCGACUCGGACUCGGACGCAGCUUCUUCGGAUUCCGACUCGGGUCCAGCCCUGUCAAAGGCAGCCAAGGAGAAACUCAAACAGCGCACCAAACAUCGCCACCACCACCAACACGCCGAGGGCUGCACUCAUUCAAAGUCGCGCUCGUCCACAACGACCAUCACACAGCAGCAGCCUAGCCAGGAUCGAGAAGCGCAUUCCGACUCGGAACAUGCGCCAGCCGACAAUUUCCGCCCUAACGCCUAUGAACGCGGCACAAGGUAG